AAUCUCGAGCUCGCUUGCUCUCCCUCUCCCCAGCCGUGGAAAGGAUCCCACUUCCGGUGGGGUGUCAUGGCGGCGUCUCGGACUGUGAUGGCUGAGGGGAGACGGCGCUAGUGGGGAGAGCCACCCACAGGCGCCCUCCCCUCCCCGGGCUCCCCUCCCCACCCCUCCCCCAGUCUCCUCGCCAACGCCCCCUUCCCCUGUCCCCCUCCCGGCGGGCCGCUUGGGCCUCCGUCCCCACCCCCGUGGGAACGCUAGCUGCCCGCACUCCUCAGCCGCUUGGCUCGCCGCUGCCCUCACCUCCGCGCCGGCCGCCCGCCCUCCGGCGGGCCCCGGACGCCGGCCCACCACCGCCCCCGGGUCGCGGGGAGGACAUGGCCGCACACAGGCCGGUGGAAUGGGUCCAGGCCGUGGUCAGCCGCUUCGACGAGCAGCUUCCAAUAAAAACAGGACAGCAGAACACACAUACCAAAGUCAGCACCGAGCACACCAAGGAGUGUCUGAUCAACAUUUCCAAAUACAAGUUUUCUUUGGUCAUCAGUGGGCUCACCACCAUCCUAAAGAAUGUUAACAAUAUGAGGAUAUUUGGAGAAGCUGCUGAAAAAAAUUUGUAUCUCUCUCAGUUGAUCAUAUUGGACACACUGGAAAAAUGUCUUGCUGGGCAACCAAAGGACACAAUGAGAUUAGAUGAAACAAUGCUGGUUAAACAGUUACUACCAGAAAUCUGCCAUUUUCUUCAUACCUGCCGUGAAGGAAACCAACAUGCCGCCGAACUUCGGAAUUCUGCUUCUGGGGUUUUAUUUUCUCUGAGCUGCAACAACUUCAAUGCAGUCUUUAGUCGCAUUUCUACAAGGUUACAAGAGUUGACUGUCUGUUCAGAAGACAAUGUCGAUGUUCAUGAUAUAGAAUUGUUACAGUAUAUUAAUGUGGAUUGUGCAAAAUUAAAACGACUCCUGAAGGAAACAGCAUUUAAAUUUAAAGCCCUGAAGAAGGUCGCACAGUUGGCAGUUAUAAAUAGCCUAGAAAAGGCUUUUUGGAACUGGGUAGAAAAUUAUCCGGAUGAAUUUACAAAGCUAUACCAAAUUCCACAGACAGAUAUGGCUGAGUGUGCAGAAAAGCUGUUUGACUUGGUGGAUAGUUUUGCAGAAAGCACCAAACGUAAAGCAGCAGUUUGGCCACUACAAAUCAUUCUCCUUAUUUUGUGUCCUGAAAUAAUCCAGGACAUAUCCAAGGAUGUGGUUGAUGAGAACAACAUAAACAAGAAGCUGUUUCUGGACAGUUUACGAAAAGCACUUGCUGGCCAUGGAGGAAGCAGACAGCUGACUGAAAGUGCUGCCAUUGCUUGUGUCAAGUUGUGUAAAGCAAGUACUUACAUCAACUGGGAAGAUAACUCUGUCAUUUUCCUACUAGUUCAGUCCAUGGUGGUUGAUCUUAAGAACCUGCUUUUUAAUCCAAGUAAACCAUUCUCUAGAGGCAGUCAGCCUGCAGAUGUGGACCUCAUGAUUGACUGUCUUGUCUCUUGCUUUCGGAUAAGCCCUCACAACAACCAACACUUUAAGAUCUGCCUGGCUCAGAAUUCACCUUCUACAUUUCACUAUGUGUUGGUAAACUCACUCCACCGCAUCAUCACCAAUUCUGCGUUGGAUUGGUGGCCUAAGAUUGAUGCUGUGUAUUGUCACUCAGUUGAACUUCGAAAUAUGUUUGGUGAAACACUUCAUAAAGCAGUGCAAGGCUGUGGAGCGCACCCAGCAAUAAGAAUGGCGCCAAGUCUCACCUUUAAAGAAAAGGUAACAAGCCUUAAAUUUAAAGAAAAGCCUACAGACCUAGAGACAAGGAGCUACAAGUAUCUUCUUUUGUCCAUGGUGAAACUGAUCCAUGCAGACCCAAAGCUUCUGCUUUGUAAUCCAAGAAAACAGGGUCCUGAAACUCAAGGCAGUACAGCAGAACUAAUUACAGGGCUCGUACAACUGGUGCCUCAGUCACACAUGCCAGAGGUCGCACAGGAGGCUAUGGAGGCUUUGCUGGUUCUUCAUCAGUUAGAUAGCAUCGAUUUAUGGAAUCCUGAUGCUCCUGUAGAAACAUUUUGGGAAAUUAGUUCACAAAUGCUUUUUUACAUCUGCAAGAAGUUAACUAGCCAUCAAAUGCUUAGUAGCACAGAAAUUCUCAAGUGGUUACGGGAAAUUCUGAUCUGCAGAAAUAAAUUUCUUCUUAAAAAUAAGCAGGCAGAUAGAAGUUCCUGUCAUUCUCUCUACCUUUAUGGAGUAGGAUGUGAUGUACCUGCUAGUGUAAGUACCACUCAGAUGUCAGUUGAUCAUGAUGAGUUCCUACGGACCUGUACUCCUGGAGCAUCUCUGCGGAAAGGAAAAGGAAAUUCCUCCAUGGAUAGCACAGCAGGGUGCAGUGGAACCCCACCUAUAUGCCGACAAGCCCAGACCAAGCUAGAAGUGGCCUUGUAUAUGUUUCUGUGGAGUCCUGACACUGAAGCUGUUCUGGUUGCUAUGUCCUGUUUCCGCCACCUCUGUGAAGAAGCAGAUAUCCGAUGUGGGGUGGAUGAAGUGUCAGUGCACAACUUCUUGCCCAAUUAUAACACAUUCAUGGAAUUUGCCUCAGUCAGCAAUAUGAUGUCAACAGGAAGAGCGGCACUUCAGAAAAGAGUGAUGGCCCUGCUAAGGCGCAUUGAGCACCCUACUGCAGGAAACACUGAGGCCUGGGAAGAUACACAUGCAAAGUGGGAACAGGCUACAAAGCUAAUCCUUAACUACCCAAAAGCCAAAAUGGAAGACCAGGCUGCAGAAAGUCUUCAUAAGACCAUUGUUAAAAGACGGAUGUCCCAUGUCAGUGGAGGAGGAUCCAUAGACUUGUCUGACACAGACUCCCUACAGGAAUGGAUCAACAUGACUGGCUUCCUUUGUGCCCUUGGUGGGGUGUGCCUGCAACAGAGAAGCAGCUCUGGCCUAGCGACAUACAGCCCACCUAUGGGCCCAGUCAGUGAACGCAAAGGGUCUAUGAUUUCUGUAAUGUCUUCUGAAGGGAAUGUUGAUUCACCUGUCAGCAGAUUUAUGGACCGGCUUCUGUCCUUAAUGGUGUGUAACCAUGAGAGAGUGGGGCUUCAGAUACGGACCAAUGUUAAGGACCUGGUGGGUCUGGAAUUGAGUCCUGCUCUGUAUCCAAUGUUGUUUAACAAACUGAAGAAUACCAUCAGCAAGUUUUUUGACUCUCAAGGACAGGUAUUAUUAACUGACAGCAAUACUCAGUUUGUAGAGCAAACCAUAGCCAUAAUGAAAAACCUACUGGAUAAUCAUACUGAAGGCAGCUCUGAGCAUCUGGGACAAGCAAGCAUUGAGACAAUGAUGCUAAAUCUGGUCAGAUACGUUCGUGUUCUUGGGAAUAUGGUCCAUGCAAUACAAAUAAAAACAAAAUUGUGUCAGUUAGUUGAAGUCAUGAUGGCAAGAAGAGACGACCUCUCAUUUUGUCAAGAGAUGAAAUUUAGGAAUAAGAUGGUAGAAUACCUAACAGACUGGGUUAUGGGGACAUCAAACCAAGCAGCAGAUGAUGAUGUAAAAUGUCUUACAAGAGAUUUGGACCAAGCAAGCAUGGAAGCAGUAGUUUCACUCCUCGCUGGUCUUCCACUGCAGCCUGAAGAAGGAGAUGGGGUGGAGCUGAUGGAGGCCAAAUCACAGUUAUUCCUUAAGUACUUCACAUUAUUUAUGAACCUUUUGAAUGACUGUAGUGAAGUUGAAGAUGAAAAUGCACAAACAGGUGGCAGGAAACGUGGCAUGUCUAGGAGGCUGGCAUCCCUGAGGCACUGUACAGUGCUUGCAAUGUCAAACUUACUCAAUGCUAAUGUGGACAGUGGACUCAUGCACUCCAUAGGCUUAGGGUAUCACAAGGAUCUUCAGACAAGAGCUACAUUCAUGGAAGUUCUGACCAAAAUCCUUCAACAAGGAACAGAAUUCGAUACACUUGCUGAAACGGUGUUGGCAGAUCGGUUUGAGAGACUUGUGGAACUGGUCACAAUGAUGGGAGAUCAGGGAGAACUCCCUAUAGCUAUGGCUCUGGCUAAUGUGGUCCCUUGUUCUCAGUGGGAUGAGCUGGCUCGCGUUCUGGUCACUCUGUUUGACUCCCGGCAUUUACUCUACCAGCUGCUCUGGAACAUGUUUUCUAAGGAGGUAGAAUUGGCAGACUCCAUGCAGACUCUUUUUCGAGGCAACAGCUUGGCCAGUAAGAUAAUGACAUUCUGCUUCAAGGUGUAUGGUGCUACUUACCUUCAAAAGCUCUUGGACCCUUUAUUACGAAUCAUUAUCACAUCUUCUGAUUGGCAACAUGUUAGCUUUGAAGUGGAUCCUACCAGGUUAGAACCCUCUGAGAGCCUUGAGGAGAACCAGAGGAACCUCCUUCAGAUGACAGAGAAGUUCUUCCAUGCCAUCAUCAGCUCUUCCUCAGAAUUCCCCUCGCAGCUUCGAAGUGUCUGCCAUUGUUUGUACCAGGCAACUUGCCACUCCCUACUGAAUAAAGCUACAGUAAAAGAAAAAAAGGAAAACAAAAAAUCAGUGGUUAGCCAGCGCUUCCCUCAGAACAGCAUCGGUGCAGUAGGAAGUGCCAUGUUCCUCAGAUUCAUCAAUCCUGCCAUCGUCUCACCAUAUGAAGCAGGGAUUUUAGAUAAAAAGCCGCCACCAAGAAUUGAAAGGGGCUUGAAGUUAAUGUCAAAGGUACUUCAGAGCAUUGCCAAUCAUGUACUAUUCACAAAAGAAGAACAUAUGAGGCCUUUUAAUGAUUUUGUGAAAAGCAACUUUGACUUGGCACGAAGGUUUUUCCUAGAUAUAGCAUCAGAUUGUCCUACAAGUGAUGCCGUAAACCAUAGUCUUUCUUUCAUCAGUGAUGGCAAUGUGCUUGCUUUACAUCGGCUGCUUUGGAACAAUCAGGAGAAAAUUGGCCAGUAUCUUUCCAGCAACAGGGAUCAUAAAGCUGUUGGAAGAAGACCUUUUGAUAAGAUGGCCACACUUCUUGCAUACCUGGGUCCUCCGGAGCACAAACCUGUGGCAGAUACACAUUGGUCCAGCCUUAACCUUACCAGUUCAAAGUUUGAGGAAUUUAUGACCAGGCACCAAGUACAUGAGAAGGAAGAGUUCAAGGCCUUGAAAACGUUAAGCAUCUUCUACCAAGCUGGCACCUCUAAAGCUGGGAAUCCUAUUUUUUAUUAUGUUGCACGGAGGUUCAAAACUGGCCAAAUCAAUGGUGAUUUGCUGAUAUACCAUGUCUUGCUGACUUUAAAGCCAUAUUAUGCAAAGCCAUAUGAAAUCGUAGUGGACCUUACCCAUACUGGGCCUAGCAAUCGCUUUAAAACAGACUUCCUCUCUAAGUGGUUUGUUGUUUUCCCUGGCUUUGCAUACGACAACGUCUCUGCAGUGUAUAUCUAUAACUGUAACUCCUGGGUCAGGGAGUAUACCAAGUACCAUGAGCGGCUGCUGACUGGCCUCAAGGGCAGCAAAAGGCUCAUUUUCAUCGACUGUCCUGGGAAGCUAGCUGAGCACAUAGAGCACGAGCAGCAGAAACUCCCUGCUGCUACCUUGGCUUUGGAAGAAGAUCUGAAGGUUUUCCACAAUGCUCUCAAGCUAGCUCACAAGGACACCAAAGUUUCUAUUAAGGUUGGUUCUACUGCUGUUCAGGUAACCUCAGCAGAAAGAACAAAAGUUUUGGGGCAAUCCGUCUUUUUAAAUGAUAUCUACUAUGCUUCUGAAAUCGAAGAGAUCUGCCUAGUUGAUGAGAACCAGUUCACUUUAACCAUCGCAAACCAAGGCACACCUCUGACCUUCAUGCACCAAGAAUGUGAAGCCAUUGUUCAGUCUAUCAUUCAUAUCAGGACCCGCUGGGAGCUGUCACAGCCUGACUCCAUCCCUCAGCAUACCAAGAUUCGACCAAAAGAUGUCCCUGGGACACUGCUUAAUAUUGCAUUACUGAAUUUGGGCAGUUCAGACCCUAGUUUACGAUCUGCUGCCUAUAAUCUCCUGUGUGCCUUAACCUGCACCUUUAAUUUGAAGAUUGAAGGUCAGUUACUUGAGACAUCAGGGUUAUGCAUCCCUGCCAACAACACACUCUUCAUUGUCUCCAUCAGUAAGACACUUGCAGCCAAUGAGCCACACCUCACCUUAGAGUUUUUGGAAGAGUGUAUUUCUGGAUUUAGCAAAUCUAGUAUUGAAUUGAAGCACCUUUGUUUGGAAUAUAUGACCCCAUGGCUAUCAAAUCUAGUCCGUUUUUGUAAGCAUAAUGAUGAUGCCAAACGACAGAGGGUUACUGCCAUCCUUGAUAAGCUAAUAACAAUGACCAUAAACGAGAAGCAGAUGUACCCUUCUAUUCAAGCAAAAAUCUGGGGGAGCCUUGGGCAGAUCACAGACCUGCUAGAUGUUGUGCUUGACAGUUUCAUCAAAACCAGUGCGACAGGAGGGUUAGGGUCUAUCAAAGCUGAGGUGAUGGCAGACACGGCUGUGGCUUUAGCUUCUGGAAAUGUGAAGUUGGUGUCGAGUAAGGUUAUUGGAAGGAUGUGUAAAAUAAUUGACAAGACUUGCUUGUCUCCGACUCCAACUUUAGAACAACAUCUUAUGUGGGACGAUAUUGCCAUUUUAGCCCGUUACAUGCUGAUGCUGUCCUUCAAUAACUCCCUGGAUGUGGCAGCUCAUCUUCCCUAUCUCUUCCAUGUUGUCACUUUCUUAGUAGCCACAGGUCCCUUGUCCCUUCGUGCUUCCACACAUGGAUUGGUUAUUAAUAUCAUUCACUCCCUGUGUACUUGUUCACAGCUUCAUUUUAGUGAAGAGACCAAGCAAGUUUUGAGGCUCAGUCUAACAGAGUUCUCAUUACCCAAAUUUUACUUACUGUUUGGCAUUAGCAAAGUCAAGUCAGCCGCUGUUAUUGCCUUCCGUUCAAGUUACCGGGACCGGUCAUUCUCCCCUGGCUCCUAUGAGAGGGAGACUUUUGCUUUGACAUCUCUGGAAACAGUCACAGAAGCUUUGUUGGAGAUCAUGGAGGCAUGUAUGAGAGAUAUUCCAACAUGCAAGUGGCUUGAUCAGUGGACAGAACUGGCUCAAAGAUUUGCGUUUCAGUACAACCCAUCCCUGCAACCAAGAGCUCUUGUGGUGUUUGGCUGUAUUAGCAAACGUGUAUCUCAUGGGCAGAUAAAGCAGAUUAUCCGAAUUCUUAGCAAGGCACUUGAAAGUUGUUUAAAAGGACCUGACACUUACAACAGUCAAGUUCUGAUAGAAUCUACGGUGAUAGCACUGACAAAAUUACAGCCGCUUCUUAAUAAGGACUCGCCGCUGCACAAAGCCCUCUUUUGGGUUGCCGUGGCUGUGCUGCAGCUGGACGAGGUCAACUUGUAUUCAGCUGGCACUGCUCUUCUGGAACAAAACCUGCACACCUUGGAUAGUCUUCGGAUAUUCAAUGACAAGAGUCCAGAAGAAGUAUUUAUGGCAAUCCGGAAUCCUCUGGAAUGGCACUGCAAACAAAUGGAUCACUUUGUUGGACUCAACUUCAACUCUAAUUUUAACUUUGCACUAGUUGGACACCUCUUAAAAGGGUACAGGCAUCCUUCACCUGCCAUUGUUGCAAGAACAGUCAGAAUUUUGCAUACACUACUAACUCUCGUUAACAAACAUAGAAAUUGUGACAAAUUUGAGGUGAAUACACAGAGUGUGGCUUACUUAGCAGCGCUACUCACAGUGUCUGAAGAGGUUCGAAGUCGCUGUAGCCUCAAGCAUAGGAAAUCCCUUCUUCUUACUGAUAUUUCAAUGGAAAAUGUUCCUAUGGAUACAUAUCCCAUUCAUCAUGGUGACCCCAGCUAUAGGACACUAAAGGAGAACCAGCCAUGGUCCCCUCCCAAAGGUUCAGAAGGAUACCUUGCAGCCACCUACCCAGCUGUAGGCCAGACCAGUCCCCGUGCCAGGAAAUCCAUGAGCUUGGACAUGGGACAGCCUUCUCAGGCUAACACCAAAAAAUUGCUUGGAACAAGAAAAAGUUUUGACCACUUGAUAUCAGACACAAAGGCUCCUAAAAGACAAGAAAUGGAAUCAGGGAUUACAACACCCCCAAAAAUGAGAAGAGUGGCAGAGACUGAUUAUGAAAUGGAAACCCAAAGGAUUUCCUCCCCGCAGCAGCACCCACAUUUACGGAAAGUCUCAGUGUCUGAAUCAAAUGUUCUGCUGGAUGAAGAAGUACUUACUGACCCAAAGAUCCAAGCACUGCUUCUUACUGUUCUGGCUACACUGGUAAAGUAUACUACAGAUGAAUUUGAUCAACGAAUUCUUUAUGAAUAUCUAGCAGAGGCCAGUGUUGUGUUUCCCAAAGUGUUUCCUGUUGUGCACAAUUUGUUGGACUCUAAGAUCAAUACCCUCUUGUCUUUGUGCCAAGAUCCAAAUUUGUUAAAUCCAAUCCAUGGAAUUGUGCAGAGUGUGGUGUACCAUGAGGAAUGCCCUCCACAGUACCAAACAUCUUACCUGCAAAGUUUUGGUUUUAAUGGCUUAUGGAGGUUUGCAGGGCCCUUUUCGAAGCAAACACAAAUCCCAGACUAUGCUGAGCUCAUUGUUAAAUUUCUUGAUGCCUUGAUUGACACGUACUUGCCUGGAAUUGAUGAAGAAACCAGUGAGGAGUCCCUCCUGACACCCACAUCUCCUUACCCUCCUGCACUGCAGAGCCAGCUUAGUAUCACUGCCAACCUUAACCUCUCUAAUUCCAUGACCUCACUUGCAACUUCCCAGCAUUCCCCAGGAAUCGACAAGGAGAACGUUGAACUCUCCCCCACCACUGGCCACUGUAACAGUGGACGGACUCGCCAUGGAUCCGCAAGCCAAGUGCAGAAGCAAAGAAGUGCUGGCAGUUUCAAACGUAAUAGCAUUAAGAAGAUCGUGUGAAGCGUUCUUUGUUUCACUCUUCAAACCAACCUAACAUGGCUUCUCACUAGUGACCCCCUCCCCCGCACUGCUGCACUUCGUGUCUUAUGAUCCCAUCUGGCCCGCCGUGUCGCCAGAUGAUCAACUCUUGGAGCAUUGCCUAAGUUUAAUGCUGCUUCUCUUGGAUGUUUCUCCUUCUACUUUGGCAUGUGUCUGUUUGAGCACUUGUUCUGAGGAUUGCAGAGAAAGCAGGCAGUCAGGAAGCCUGACUGAGAGUGUGGACUGUGGGCGUGGAUGAACACGGCUGUACACAGAGGAUGGCCUUCUGAGUUCCCGUCCUACAGAGUGAGGGGUCAUCUUAUUUACACACACGUUUGGGGGAGAAAUCAUAUUUUAACCCCAGCAUAUUUAAUCUUCUAGCUGUGGACUUUCUUACCUUGUGAAGUUGAAGGAGCCACAGAGGCCAAGCCUCGGUGAAGCCACAGACCAGGGACUGAGGGAGGGGGCAAACUAGUAUUUUGUAAUGGAUUCAUAAGAAAUACUAACAUUUGAGUAUUAGCAAUAAGUACAGGAAAAUAAGCAUGACACACACAUCUUAACAUUGCUGAAUUAAAGGUAUUGGUUCUGAGGCCUUAUACAUACUUGGUCAUCCAAACUGGGUAAUUUUCUUUCCUGUUGAUUAUCUUUUAAUUUUUAUAUAUGAAGGUGUUCUCCUCCUCUUCCUCCUCUUCUUUUCCUUCUCUUCUUCCUUCUCUUCCUCCUCCUCCUUCUUUUUUUGUAAGCCAAGACUAUACUAAGUAUAGAAACUACACUUGUUUUUGCACUUGAUUUCUCCUCUUUCCUAAGUGAUUCUAAGCAGGGUAGUCAGCAGACAGAGUGCUGAGACUUGUUUCCACGAGGUAAUCUCCAUAGCUGUUUCCAUUAGCUCCAGAGCAAAAUGGAAUGGUACGUGACUUAGGGUAGGUGAUAUUUUUAUUUUGUUAAAUAAUUUUCCAAGAAACAGAAUAUGCUGUAUAUUAUCAUAAAUUUCUUUGAUAAGAUGUAUUUUUUAAAUCUUUUAAUCUUACUCCUCUCCAAAUAAAAUCAGGAAUCUCUAGCAAAACAUUCGGAUUCUAUCUGAUAGGAUUACAUUGAGUCACUGUGAAGUCUGGGCAGCCUGUGUGGUGUGGAUACAGGACCUCUAGGAUUGCUGCUGUGCAGAAUGGCUGGACCAGUGUGACUCAGGCCUUUCCAUGGGAUGCACACCCAGCUGCUUCAUGGUACCUGCAGUAUGCAAGACAGUUUGACUUGAGUGAGCACAGUAGUCCAUGGAGGCUCUCAUUUAAGAUUGAACUAUAUUUAUUUUCAAAGGUAUUAUCUCUCUACUCCCAGGUUCCCUUCAUAUAUUAAGACAUAAUGGCUUUGGGAGGGACCAAAGAAACCCAGUAGGAUGUGGAUGGGUCCUGUAGUGCUGGCUCACUAGUGGAUUUCAGUAAGUUAAACUCCACAGCUAAGUCAAUAAACAAUGGUACAUUUAAGUAUUCUGACUUUAAUAAUAUAACACAUUUCACACUUAUCCAUUCAGUAACAAUGUAAUAUGUUAAUGUAAAUAAAAUUGCUUUUGAUAUUCAGAAAUAACAAUUUAAUUUUUUUUAACUUGUUUACAGUCCUGGGAACCAUUUGCCAAAAUAAAAGGAAAAACCCUUAAUAUUAAUAGUGAUUUUAACAUAGAAUCAUUGGAGAGUAUUGAAGGCAGAUGCAGCAAACUGAGCUCUUGUUUUUAACCAUUGUAAAGGCUACAUUAGAAUAACGUCAGAACAGACAGCCACUGGCUAUGAGGCUGAGAUUCCAGCUGAGUUUAGAUGCAGCUGAAGGCCCUGGGGCCAAGGUGAGCCCCAGGGCCUGGCUUCCUGCAACAGUGCUGCUGGGCUGGGGCACACCACUGCAGCUCCAGCUGUGCAACCCCAGGAGGCAAGCGCAAGGCUUCUGUAACUCUUCCCCCCACCCCCACCCCCUUUGGAGACCUGUGCAUCUAAUAAUGGUGAGCAUUACUGGCCUUCGCUUCUCCCAUCAGAACAGGACAACUAGUAAAUGUAGCACUCUUCCCAUAGCCGUUUCCCGUGGUUCUUAAACAACCCUGACUUGUGCUCCCCUUGGAAAGAUCAAAUGGAGCCACUUCUGAAUGUGAAAAUACUUGUGACCAGUAUAUCCUAGGAAACUUGUGAAGAGUUCCAGUUUUAUCUAAUACACAGAACUUCCAGCUUUUGAGGAAAGUCUGACUUUUCAAGCAACUAACCUACAGAGCUUAAAGUGUCACUAGCUGCUCCUCCUCCAGAGGAAAGUCUUUAAUUCCAGGAGCAGCUGAAGGUCUGAGUAAUGGGCCAGUUUACACAAUUUGGUGUGAGUUCUGUGAUUCGUUUUCAAUUUGUGUUUCCCUGACUUAAAAGAAGAAAGACAGUAACUGCUGUGUUUGUGUCUGUGUGGCCAGUACUCCUCCCCUGGGCUCCUGUGCCUACGCUGUGGGCACACGGCACUCUGCUGGCCAGUUACUCCUGCCUGCACGGUGCUGAGCCUGGAGCCUGGACAGUGCAGACUGCCACCGCCCCAGUAGGGGGAUAGGUGCCAGCAACCCUUUCCUCAGGUUCAGGGUUGCAAGUUCCUGUGGGAGAUCUGGCUUUGUUUUCUAGAUUUGGGGUGGGGUUUUUUUUCCCUUUUAUUUUUUUUCUACAUUUACCCCAAGCAUAUUGAAGCAUGUCUUAUUCAAUGUUAUGCAAUGGACUUAUAAAAAUUCACUUAGUGUCAGCCACACAAUUUUUUUUUUAAUGCAGUAUAUUCACCUGUAAAUAGUUUGUGUAAAAUUUGACAAAAGUCUAUUUACUACAUUGUAAAUACAUGUGAUGAUAUAUUGUAUUAUUUUGCUUUUUUGUAAAGCAGUUAGUUGCUGUACAUGGAUAACAAACAAAAAUUUGAUUAUUCUUGUGUUCGUAUUGUUAACUUCUUCCUGCGACUGCGUUACAUCAUUUAAAGAAGAUGCUGUGUAUUGUGAGCUGACCUUGUAUAUGAUUAACUUACUCCCCUCCCCAGCCAGCAGUUCCCUGUCUACAGCCUUGUUGGUACUGUAACUAGCAGGAGAACUUCUGCCUGACACACAGACUGCAUUGCUGUGGGGAAAUGCAUAGACAUCUGAGGGCCCUGGCCUCACUUGCUCCUAUCCUGUGUACACCCUCCCACCCACCCACCCACCCACCUCCUUUUUUUUUUUUUUUAAGUAAAAUGUAAAUUCAACCUGCUC